AGAGAGAGAAUAGUCCGGCAGCAGAUGGAGGAGCAGGUGGCGCAGAAGUCCGAGGAGCUGGAGCAGUACCUGCAGCGGGUCAAAGAGAUGGAGGGCAUGUACGGCCAGCUGGAGGACGCUCUGGAGGACGAGAGGAGAGCGCGGCAGGACGAGGAGGCCGUCCGCAGGCUGCAGGCACGGUUGCUGGAGGAGGAGGCCGUAAAGAGGGCGGAGCUGGAGGAGUUUCACCUGCAGCAGCAGCGCGCCAUCGCAGAGACGAAGGCUGAGAAGCAGGAGCUGGAGAGGGAGCGUCUGAUCAAAGAGAACGAGCUGCAGGCCGCCAUGAAGCAGCUGGACCAGCUGGAGGAGGACAGGCAGGGCGCGCUGGAGCAGUACCAGGUCAGAGAGAUGUGGAUUACACUAUGGCUCAGUAGGAAACUGCAGGAAAUAGCAGACAGAAAAAAAGUUAUGAGCAGUUCCUCCCCACCCAUCACUUACUUAUUUGGAGAACAAUAGUUAUUUAGUAGAGCCGCAUUAAAAA